AUGUCGUUGAUAAAAUAAGAGCAAGAGCACUAAUGCGCAAUCUACGCAAUAUCAAGCUGGUUGACCCACCUGGAAUAAGAAAAACAAGUAGUUUCUAUGUCUAGCCAUAUAAAUAUUUUGAGAUUUGUUUUAAAAAAUAGUUUUGGAUUUGAAUGCAGUGGGAGAAAAAAUAAAAGAACUUGCAUAAAAGAAAGCAAGUAUGUAGAUCUGUCACCACAAUAACGCCAUAUAGCAUAUUAUUUCAAAUCAUAUUUAAUGAAAUAUAUUUAAUCAUGCAGAUGA